AACGAAGAGUGGGCGGGGAAAAGGGGUGGGCAAGAGAAUCGAAUCGGCGCCAUAUUGGAUGGCUCUCGCUGAGGGCAGCCUAUUGGUCACUCCCUGGUCUCCAUGCACAAAAAAAUUGUGUGAGACUAUUAUAAGACACCUUGGCUCUUUCCCCCCCUGUCCUGCAUCUGUCCAUCAUGGAUCAAGACUAUGAAAGGCGUCUUCUCCGUCAGAUCAACAUCCAGAAUGAAAACAUGAUGCCUUCUGUUACAGAUAUGAGGAGGACCCUGACACCUUCUAAUUCACCCGUCUCCUCCCCUAGUAAACAUGGUGACAGAUUCAUUCCUUCCCGAGCGGGAGCAAAUUGGAGCAUCAGCUUCCAUAGAAUAAAUGAAAAUGAAAAGUCUCCAAGUCAAAAUAGAAAAGCAAAAGAUGCCACUUCAGACAAUGGCAAAGAUGGCCUUGCCUACUCCGCCUUGCUAAAAAAUGAACUCCUUGGAGCUGGUAUUGAGAAAGUCCAAGAUCCACAGACUGAGGACAGGAGGCUGCAGCCCUCUACGCCUGAGAAGAAGAGCCUUUUCACGUAUUCCCUCACCACAAAACGUUCCAGUCCUGAUGAUGGCAACGAGGUCUCUCCAUACUCCCUCUCCCCUGUCAGCAACAAAAGUCAAAAAUUACUUCGAUCACCUCGAAAGCCCACAAGGAAGAUAUCCAAGAUUCCAUUCAAAGUUUUGGAUGCUCCAGAACUUCAGGAUGACUUUUACUUGAACUUAGUCGAUUGGUCAUCCCUCAACGUCCUUAGUGUUGGUCUUGGGACAUGUGUCUACCUUUGGAGUGCUUGCACUAGCCAGGUGACGCGGCUAUGUGAUCUAUCUGUGGAAGGCGAUUCUGUUACCUCUGUAGGAUGGUCAGAACGGGGCAAUUUGGUGGCAGUUGGGACCCACAAAGGUUUUGUACAGAUCUGGGAUGCUGCAGCAGGAAAGAAGCUCUCAAUGUUGGAAGGUCACACGGCCAGAGUGGGUGCUCUGGCAUGGAAUGCAGAUCAGCUCUCUUCCGGGAGUCGGGACCGGAUGAUCCUCCAGAGAGACAUCCGGACACCUCCCUUGCAGUCUGAGCGGCGCCUUCAAGGCCAUAGGCAGGAAGUGUGUGGGCUGAAAUGGUCCACCGAUCACCAGCUCCUGGCAUCUGGUGGGAAUGACAACAAGCUCCUUGUCUGGAACCAUUCCAGCCUCAGCCCCGUCCAGCAGUAUACAGAGCACCUCGCAGCAGUCAAAGCUAUUGCUUGGUCCCCUCAUCAGCAUGGGCUCCUGGCUUCAGGAGGUGGGACUGCUGACCGCUGUAUACGUUUCUGGAAUACCUUAACUGGACAGCCGUUGCAGUGUAUUGACACAGGGUCACAAGUGUGCAACCUUGCUUGGUCCAAGCAUGCCAAUGAACUGGUGAGCACUCAUGGAUACUCACAGAACCAGAUCCUCGUUUGGAAGUACCCGUCCUUGACUCAGGUUGCAAAGCUAACUGGGCAUUCCUACAGAGUCCUUUACUUGGCAAUGUCACCAGAUGGAGAAGCCAUUGUGACAGGAGCCGGGGAUGAGACACUGAGGUUUUGGAAUGUUUUCAGCAAAACUCGCUCUACCAAGGAGUCUGUAUCAGUUCUUAACCUCUUCACCAGGAUACGGUAAAAUCAACCCACAGACUGUAUUUUGGGAUCAAGACCACUAACCGGCAUGCAUGGACCAGAAGCCUGGAUUUGGGAGAGGGUGGGGUGGGAACUGGGGGGCAAGGUGUCAAUCUGUUUAGAGGGGACUCAGAGAUGCUUAUUAAAUACCUGAGUAUGAAUGCUACUGAGCAUUAUUUAGGGGGGAGGGGGAUGGGUGGGAAGGGAAGGGAAGCUGGCAAAAAAAAGAAGGAGAAAUAUUUUCUUGUCCUCCAGGACAGGGGACAAGUGCGGAAGGGCUUCAGAGAGAGGAGAAUCUGGAAGUGUGUGUCUGUAUGUAGUGUGUGUGUGAGUGUGUGUGUGUGUGUGUGAGAGUGAGAGAGAGAGAGAGAGAGCAAAUGCCCAAAGUGUGCCUGCCUGUUGGACAAAUUUAAAAAAAGGAAGAGGAGCAGGGUUCAUGUUAGGUCCUGGCCUUGAAGAUGAAUUAAAAAAAAAACGGAUUUUGUGUAUCUAUAAAAAGUAAGCCGGCUCUGAUGGAAGUAACACCAAUGUGGUAAGUGGUGAAGAAGGAAAAACAACUUUGCAGGAUUUAUUUUCCAAGGCAUACAGAGUUUGGAGAUGUCCGCUCAAUGGCAUUUGGAUGAUCCCUGAGCGCAUGGUGACUUGGUUUGUGGGAGCAGCACACUGAAAAGGGGAAGAGUACUUUUAUUUAAGCCUUAAUCUUUCUGCCCUCUAGCUGUGUUGAGUGCAAACAGGCUGUCAGUCUCAGCACGGCCAGGGCCUGAAAAACAGGAGGCCAAGCUGACUGCUCAGAUAGCAGGGAUGAGUGUAACUCUUCGGACGUAUUCAGCUUAGGGAAGGCUAAUAUGAACCUGCAAGGCCCUAUUUUGCAGGCCACAUAUGGCGCCAGCAUCCUUUUUUAUUGCCCUUAGAACACCUCAGCAGCGGGCAAAGCCAAAUGUUUAGCCCAUUAUUUGUAGGUGUUUUUUAAAAAAAAAAAAUAGUUGGAGGAACAAUAGUUAAGGAACAAAAUGGGGGUGGGGGAAGUUUUGCCAUUCUUGUUUCCUAAAGGGCUGCUUUUUCCCUUCUGCUGAUGGGAAAACAAGGCUUAUAAGAGCCACCUGAUGCCUCAACUCCUCCUCCUCCUCCUCCUCCUCCUCCUCCCCUUUUCCAGGCAGAAGAGUCAACCUAAAAGUUUACCUUCUUUUAGUGAUGGCAUUUCACCAGCCAUAACCCUGCAGUCCCUGGGCCAUUCAUAUCUUUUAGACGAAAGAACAGUCCUUGGCUGAAGAAAAAAAAGUUACUCAAACAGCACAGUGAUAUUUUUAUGCUGAACAUUUCGUAGGGUCAGAACGAUUUUGAAGAGUUUCCAAUAAGCAAAUAAGCACAAAUUUCCAGGAGAGAGCGGAGAGGACAGAAGUGUUGGCUUUUAAGUUUGACUUGGCGGCAAAUGUAGAGAGAUUCCAGAGAUUUGAAAACUGAGGCUGGGCGGAUUGUGUUUUGGUGUGGUGGGGGGUAGGAGUGUUGUUUUUCAAAAGGAAAGCAUACAAGUUGAGUUCAUACAGUAUUUGAAAAGAUAAUUUGUAAUUUUGGCUCUUAGAAUUGAAUGUUUGACUGAUGCGCUCCCUUCUUUGUGUCCUAAUAUUAAAAAUUGGACAACUUAGGGCUUGUCCAGAAUGAGAAAUGAGAGACCAAAUUGGGAAUGCAAAGAGGGAAUCAAGAGUUUAGAUGAUUCGUGAUUCAACCUGAAGGAGCCAGAGGUUUGAUGGGUUUAUGUUUAGUGUUAGGAAGAAGUAGAUAAAUGGAACAUUUUUGGAUAUAUGAAGUCCUGUAAUUCAGUCCAAAGUGAAUUUUUAUUUUUAAUUUGGUUGAAUGAUGAUGUUAUUUGAAGCCCAGUCAGAAAUGCCAUGAAGGUCUGAGAUAUGAAGACUACAGCACUUGAUUUCUAUGUGUUGCUUUUAAAAUCAGUGUAUUUUGUAUUUUAGCAGCCCUUAUUCCUCUUUGUGAAAAACUACCCCAGCUGUACAAACUGUUGCUUGUUUGAGGUGUCUUUGCACUUAAUAGAAUAUUUGCAGAAGUCCAGUUCUCUUUGUGAGCAUGUAGGAAUCAACCUGUGGCCCUCCAUGCAUCGUGUGUAUGUUCUGGUCUUCCUCCAGCUCUGUGUUUUGUUGAUGUGGGAACUCCAGUUUGCCAUCAUCCUUUAGCCCUUUUGACUAAGGUGGCUUAGGAUUACACUGAUUUGUAGUCACAUAGCACUAGACUGGGGGGAGAUACUGGUGUGGAGGGAAAAUGUUCUGCUUAGACUAUGCAAGAUGUGCUAUGUACAAAUGUCACAGAACCAACUGGAGUAUUCUUGAAGCGCUGAAUAGAGCUCUCCUGUUUCCACACAGAAGGGAGAGCGUUCUCCUGGAUGGCGAGAAUGUGAAGUAAUUUCUCAGAAAGAUUCUUUCAAUUCCAUCCGAGUCCCUGUCACUUUUUUGAUGUCCACCUGGUCUACAUGGUGGCCCCCCCUUUUGUUUUGAAGUUUGAACAACCAGCUUUGCCUCCAUGUGGUAUCUAACAUGACAAAUCCAGCGGUUAAUUUUUUUAGGGGGAAAAAAUGCCCGUGGUCUGCCACCUCCUGAAGGAGGGACCCUCUUGUUUACUUCCAUUUACAACGUGCCAUCUUGAGAUCCUGUUCCUAGAGAAGAGAAUGGUUGGAAUCCCCAACUCUUGCUUUCUAUCUGGGGCAGAUGCCGCAAAUGCCGGAGUUUGUGGUGGAUGCAGCUGCCUCCAAAUAAGUAUUGUGUGUGUGUGUGUUGUCUCAGUUCUCAUAUGGGUUGCAAGAGUUGUUUAUAAUGAUGCAUGUUGACUAGUCAUGUGUAAGAAAAAAACAAAAAUCCACACAAGAGGAUAAAAAAAAAAUACAGGUUCCACAAUUUGUAUUUCUCUGUAUUAUCUUUUGGCCAGAAGUAUCUGAAAAUUCUGUUUUCGGUUUUGUGUGAAUGUGUGGCAUUCUUAUGUAUGCAGUGCGUCACAUAAGGGGCCAUAGGAUGUGUGGGGUAUGGUACAAAAAAAAAAAAAGUGUACAGCUUCAUAUGUAAAGUUAAUGUAUCUGACAUUAAAGACUUGUGAAUGG